AUUUACACGUUACCACAACAACCAUGAAUGCGCACGCUUUUCACAAUUAUGAUGUCAUGCCAUUGACAGGGCAGUCAGCUGGCCACAUUUAUGUGUAAUUCAUUGGUGGUGGUCUUGUGUAUAUGUUUGUGGAAUCUGCGUGUUAUCAACGUAAACCACAGUGUGUAUUGGAUACUUGUUCUGCUCUGCUUCCUCCAGGCAAACAGGUGAACUAUUGUUUUGAUUCAAGACUGUGCGUGGAGUCUCACGGGGGUAUGUGCAAGGCUGUAUCAGGAGGCACUGGCUAAUGACUGUUCAAUAUGGUUUCUAUCAUUGAUCGGUUCGUGGCAUUUAAGACAAGCAGGUUCCAAGGUUGCACAAUCGUCAUUGGAAAUUAGGCAAUCAUCUCUCCUUAUCAAGAAGACAUCCAACUCACGACACAGCAAUCUCCACCGAUCUGGGAGCUGCGUAUGCAAAGUUGAAACCCACGCCUUCUAAUGAGUGAGAGGCGGAACUAAACUUCAUAUUCAGAAAAGUUACAUGCCGUGAAGUUAUAUCUGACAAGGGCGCUUCAUCCUAGGACAGGACCUUUCAAUCUGACAGCCUACUGCAAAAACGUACGUUUGUUAAAAAGUUGUCGUUGGUGCUGAGAGACUGGAAGAACGGUGAGGUAAAAACUAACCUGUUCACUUUGCCAUAUCAGGAAGUUGGAAACCCCAGCUGCUCGACAUAUAAAAUCAUUUAAAACUAGCAUCUGGGAGCCCUACGUCUCCCAGUGAGCCUGACGAAGCAAACGAGCGUGGAGUAAAUCCAUAAGUGUGUAAACAAUCCCUCUACCCUCUCGCCAAAGGCCCUCACAGUGGAUAACAUGGAACCGCGGGGUGAGGCUCUGCUAUCCAAGCUCCGAGAGCAGUGCCUCAGUAUUAAGGGAUGUGGGGGAAUCAAACAACUUUCCAGCUUCUUCCGAAAGAUGGACGCAGACUUUUCAAAGAAAAUAUGUUUCAAGGAAUUCGCAGACGGUGUCAAACGGUACGGACUAUAUAUGGGCGAGUCAGAUUUGCAACUUCUAUUCAAACUAUUCGACCGCGAUGGGAACGGUUCAAUUGACUUUCACGAGUUUGUGAACCAGUUAAGAACCCCCAUGACGGAGCCACGUGUAAGCGUCAUCAAUGAAGCGUUUGACAAGCUAGAUGUCAACCAAGACGGUGUAUUGAAGUUGGACGAUCUCAGAGUUGUUUAUGCUGCUAACGCACGAAGGCAUCCGAAGUAUUUAUCAGGGGAGUGGACAGAAGAUGAGACGCUCCAGAACUUCCUAGAUUCCAUAGACACACCUGGCUCUCCAGACGGCAAGGUCACUAGGGACGAAUGGAUAAACUACUAUUCCGGCGUCAGUGCCACGAUAGAAGACGACUGUUACUUCGACCUGCUCAUGAGGGCGUGCUACAAUCUACCUCCAAAAGGAAGCGGGAAAUUUUAAAUUCUUGCACCAUAUUUCGACUUCGAUGUUUUAUUAAAACCAUUUUCUGAUUUGAGAAAUUUGUUGAGCCCAUGUUGAAUGGAAUGAAGCUGAAGCAGGAAUGAACGAAACAAACAAACUCAUCAUUCAUGUUUCAUAUUAGCUAAAAUAAGCAAUCAGAUGAAGCUAAUUAAGUAUUCGCGCAAUCUUCAUUUUUCUAAUGUUAUGCUUCGACCCGAAGGACUUUACUGAUAACUAGAAUAACGACAAGAAUUUAUUAAUCACCAAUGAAUGGCGUCGAAGUCAAACCGGUUGCUGCGUGAGUUGGACUUAACGCCGCCGUUAACAAUGUUUCAGUUAAAUCACGGCUUUAUUUCGGGGGUUAACCCCCAAGAGACUAUUUGUAGACGCUUGCCACUUAGGCGAGAUCCAACGGCUGUAGAUAUUAUGCAGAUAAACCAAUACCGUAAUCGACAUAAUAAGCGCCCAGGGCGCUCUUAUUAUAAUAAGAUUUUGGUGUUGAAAGAUCGUAAAUUUCGUGGUUUAUGCUGACAGCCUGAAAUGUUUAUAUACGACAGAUAUAUUUUUCCAGAAUGUAAUUUCCCAUAACUAUGGAUGUAUAUAACACACGUAUUAUACACGAAUAAAUAAGUCUUGUGUACAUUGAUCAAUCGGAAGGGGUGCUAGUUGGGAUUGUUCACAAGCCAAUAUAUUGGCAGAUAUCGCCGUGGGGGCUUAUUAGAGCGGGUAGCUUAUUACGUCGAAAACGGUUAUUAUAUCUGGGAGACGCUGGGAUGCGAAACAAGAGCAAUGGAUUCCGACAACUAGGGAGCAACAAUUUGAUUUGAGGGGAGGUGUUUGUGUGUGUGCGUGUGUGUGUGAGAGAUCCGAAUUUGUGAGGAGAUCAAUUAUUAUUACUAACAUAAUAAGGUACUCUAUUUUUGAAUUUUAUUAAAAAACUAAAAAAUAACAAACUUUAUUUUGGGACACUUUCAUAUAGCCUGCGAGAAAAGGGCACAUUAUCGAGGUAUACGUACAGAAUUUUCAGAAAAAACAGGGGCUUGAUUAUGUUUUUAGAAAGAAAUCCCGCCCCCAACCCCUGAAGUCAAAUGGUUGCGUCCUUAGAACACAUUGUCAUGACCACCGGUAUUCCUGCGAAGGCUGAUGGGAUCAUUAUAUGCAUGAAGUGAUAAAACCAAAGAACAUGUGCAUACGCGGAAGCAUUCACUUUUGAAAAUGCUGACUGAAUGAAAUUCUGGAAUGGGGCUAAUGCAAAACUAAUCAAAGCCAGUAAUAUAAAUGCCUUGCUUUGGCAAAAGCCAUUUAGCGUCAAAUGCACGAGACAGUAACAUGCUAAAGCCAUUUUGAAUAAGUUCACAGAUGACAUUCAAAUUUAAACGAAUUGCGUUCACUCACCCUUAAGUAUGUAUUUGAUGAUGAAAUAAAGCUUUGGAAAUCAUUUAAAAAUCAAUAAACAGAUGUUUGUACGACGAAGAACCAUACUUCACUAGAAACACACUAAAUGCUACUCAAAACAUUUACAAGCCAAACCCUUAUGUAUGUAUAUCCAUAAAGUUGGUGAGAUUUUACAACUUCCACAGUAAUAGUAAUAAUUAUCCCUAGCAAACACACAACAAACGUAUUAAAACAUAAAGAUGUGAUUCAGCAAUCACGAAUAAUUGAUCUUCGUUUUUCUUGCUACUUAUUUAUGUAUGCAUUGUGAUAUUUUGCCCUAGAUAAAUUCUGUAUCAGUGCAAACCGUAAAUCCUUGAUUAAACGCCUUUUUAAAGGCGUUGGUGGCGUAUUCUUGCUGAAACAUUGAAACUUUAUUGACGGCAAGCAUUAAUUGAAGGAUUUACGGUAUUUGUUUACACCGACUAUUUAAUCUUUUAUCAUGUUUUCCCUCUUAGCUUCUCUAAGUAUUUGAUGAUGCUUAUUCAAAAGAAAUGAUUUAUCUACGGCAUAUGACAUGUUUUUUUACAGAUUUAUACGAGACAAAUUUAGAACACUUCUUAACAAAACCAUAUACCUUUUCGGUAAUUACAAUUGACAAAAAGAUCACAUUAUCCAAAAAAACUAUUUAUUGAAGAAAGUUUAAAUAUUUAGAGUAUUUCAAAUAUAUGUAUGUUGUCACAUUGUUUACUUCAGUUUGAUUACUUUCUUUUAGUUGUAUGCAUGCAAACGCAAAGGCAAAAGAGACGUCUUUUAACAAACCUAUGUGCUGAUAAAUAGAGAAUCUCACCCGAGUGUAUUUUGAUAUCAAAAGACACGAGGGUGAUAGGUAUCACCUAACAUCAUUCUUCCAACAUUUUCAGUUUGAAGACAGUAAUAAGCAGUGUCUUAGUUGUAAAAAAUACUGCUAACAGCUCCAGUCGCAGUCAUUAGUGAUGUCAUUUGUUUGUGACGUCAUGCUAACCAAUGACGUCACAAUGGUCUGGAAAGCAUUGUGAUGCAAUUUCAUUGCAGCGAUAUCUACAAUGUAGAUAUCGCUUGAUCUCACCCUGGCGAUAUCUCCCGUGGGAGCCAAUUUUUGAUGAUAAAAUUUGGUAAAAAAAACCCUUUUGACAUGAAUUGUAAAUCAAAAAUAUUUUAAAAUCUCUUCUAUGCCAAACAGUAUUUCGUUAAAGCGUUUUUGUGAGCCACUGAUUUUGUCGAUGUCGUGUGUUACUGGACGUAUUGUGCAUUACGAUUAUAUAGUUCAUAAUCGUAAAUACGCAAUGAACAGAAGACGUUAAUUCAACGGUAUUGACUCUUAAAUUCUCCUGGAAGGCGUACCUUUCCUUGGCACUAAUCGAUGUCCAUGUAUGUAUUGCACCUAUUAUUGUAGACAGGUUAAAACUGUUAUGGGUAUACACAAGUUGUACAUUGCCAUUGAUUGGAACCUGCUCCAGACAGUGAAAAGUCUGCGGCGACAUACGGGUUGUCAUUUGCAGGAUAUUGUCGUCAUGCAAAGACUGAUACUUCAAGUGCGAAUCCACUGCACGUUUUCCAGCAUUGUACGGGAAGUAGACGUAUGUAAUUUAGGUAAAGGUUGUUGCCUUUAUCGCAUAUUGGUAUGUCGUGAUACAAAAUAACCAAAAUAACGAAACACCAGCUCAUAUGAACAACUGGUGCUGCUUCUUCUGGAGAUAGGCAAGAAAGGAAACGUUCAGAUAUUUAAGAGAACAAACACAUUGUUUUUUAACAUGCUCAUGUUACUGACUGGAAUCAUUGUUGUGGAACAUCUGGAAAUAGCAAUAACUUGCAUUUGCCCCUGUUACAAAAGUAUAUUGCAGGUCAACAUAUUCAUGAUUGUUGUUCUGUAUUGUCACUUAUUUGUUUACAUUCCAUACGUCUAAACCUUAUUCCGCGCGUGUAAUCCUCAUUUCACAGUUUGAUAUGUUCAUAUAGUUUCAUAUCAGAUAAUGUUAAUUGUAAAAAAUAAUAAUAAAAGUCACAAAGGUCACAUGUUGUUACAAUAUACUCUCUUAAUAUGUUUAUUAUUUCAUUUUCACUGCAUUUGAUAUAGACAUAUAAACACCUACUAAUGGUUAUACAUUUAAGCCAUGCGAGUUUAUCUGUGCUGUGUUACCUUUAAUGAACAUGAACCGGUUUUUAUAAGCACAAUUGGUAUAUUUACCGGUUCAUAUUAGUGCUCCAAGACAUAAUAGCUCGAGCAGAACGUGUUAGAACACAAGUAUGAAUUAUCAAACACUGAUUCAUCAUGAUCAUGAUGCGCAUUGAAACAUACUUAAAUGAAACCAAGGAUAAUUUUUAAGAACCCAAUAUUGCCAAAGAAUUGCAAAGUCAAUCCCUGCAAAUAGUUCUUCUUAAAUACAAAAGAUCAAUGGAACUUUAACACGUCAUGCUAUGUUGGCAUCUGUGUAUCUACGGUUCACAACGCAUCUUUGAAACUGGACUGUUAAGAAUCGAGGUUUUCACUUUUCUUGCCCAAUCUCGAACUUACACUGAACUGUGCCAAUACAUGUCCAUACUAGUUUACGUUAUAAGGAACGUUCUUUCUUGUAGGUUAAAAGAUAGAUGGUAUGUUGUAACAUGCUUCAACGUCGAAACAAAGAAGUGCCGUCAAUAUGUGCUAAUGAUAUGAUGUGAGAUAUACCAAAUGUACUAUAUACGCCUUCUGAAGUCAAUAACUAUAGAAUGUGAUAGAGCCAUUAUAAUUCGACUUAUGCAUCAUAUUUUUGCAUAUUAUUGUUUCUAUUUUCUUUACAUUUACACUUGUCUUGUAGCACUUGCAAAUACAAUAAAGAGCAGAUAUGAAUCGUAA